CCCCCUCCAUUGCACUCUCCUCCAUUCCCUAGGUGGCCACCAGCUCCAGCCGCAGCAGCUCUAGCAAUAAGCUCAGCACCAAUAAUAAUGGCCACCGCCCUCAGCAGCCUCCGCGCGCCGGCCAGCUUCUCCGGCGUCCGCGCGGCCCCGGCGCCCGCCACCGUCGCGAUGCCCGCCGCCAAGCAGCAGGUUGCCCGCGGCGCCAGGCUGCGCGCGCAGGCCACCUACAACGUCAAGCUCAUCACGCCCGAGGGCGAGGUGGAGCUGCAGGUGCCCGACGACGUCUACAUCCUCGACCAGGCCGAGGAGGAGGGGAUCGACCUGCCCUACUCCUGCCGCGCGGGGUCCUGCUCCUCCUGCGCCGGCAAGGUCGUCUCCGGCUCCGUCGACCAGUCCGACCAGAGCUUCCUCGACGACGACCAGGUCGCCAGCGGCUGGGUGCUCACCUGCCACGCCUACCCCACCUCCGACGUCGUCAUCGAGACCCACAAGGAGGAGGAGCUCACCGCUUAAUUAUAUUUAUAUAUUUAAGCUCCAUCGUCACCAUGCAUCACAUCAACACACCUAAAUGCUACUAUCUAGUAUCUGCCUGCCUUGCAAGAGAUCGAUCCAUCUCCAUCGAGUUGACAGAUUAAAACCUGAGAAAUUUCUAGCUUCCUUGUAUCAUCCAUCCAUCAGUCAUGUCAAUGUCACCAUGAGACCAAGCAAGCAUCGGCAGCAGCAGGGCCAUCUGUUACCGUACAUUCUUGGUCUCUGUACCAUUCAUUUUUGCUGCGGAUGCAUGAUCGACUUCAUUCUCAUCAAGUAAUUAAUUAAUAAUGUUUUUUUCUCUUUGUACCAUUAUCAAUAUAUACUGUACUAUGGAUC